CCGUUCGCUGUUUUUCCGCGUUUAGUAUGCUCCAGAUCAAAGCUUACUUUUGGUUCGCUUUCAUCGCCUGGAAUAUUAAUGGAUUCCAGGCUAAGUCCGUGCAGGCUGACUACAAUCGAAAAGUGUCUGGAGAUCUAAUAAAUAAGUUGGUCGUCGAAUUGUUUCCCUUGCUAGACCUUAUUGGUGAGCAGUGCAGAAACACUACUUCGGCUGCCUUAAAAGAAAUCAAGUCAAAGGAGGUCACAAUCGAAAGACGGCUCAAUUCGAUGCAGAGUAAGUUGGAAGGGGAUCAGAAAUCCCUGCUGGAAACGGUUAAGAGUACAAUCCCGGAAAACCUUAAGGAGAGGCUGGCCAAGAUGGAAGGACAGCAGACAUCAGUGCAGGGAACUCUGAAAAAGAUUCCACAGGAUUUUGAGGAAAGGCUAGAUAGAAUGGAAAAACAACAGACGGAUUGGCACAGCAAGAUGGAAGAGGAACUCAAGGCGGUUCAUCUAAAAUUGGAGGGUCUACAGAAAUUAUUACAGCCAAGAGUCCCUCCGAAAUUUGAGCUGAUAGGUUCCAGACACUUCUACAUCGACCGCGUUGACAGAGAUUGGACUUCAGCCAGAAACCAUUGUCACGAAAUGGGCGGCUAUCUGGCAUCCAUUAAAGAUGAAGAGGAACUACACGCUAUUGCUGGGAAACUCCAAGACCAUAACCGCUACAGGCUGGGCAUCAACGAUCGGGAAACUUUGGGAACCUACUUAUCCGACGCAUCCGGCUACGAAGCACCAUUUUUAAAUUGGCGAUCGGGAGAACCCAACCAUAACUACCACCAUGACAAAUCCCGAAAAGAUGAACGCUGCGUCGAGCUCAUAGACGGUGAAAUGAACGAUGUUCCGUGUUUUCUAAAAAUGUUUACGAUUUGCCAGGCAGAUAACAAAUAUUAGCUAUAAAAUAUAUUAACAUCAAUGCUAUUAUCCCAUAGGACCCCCAGAAUUUGUUUUUAAUUUUUGAAUAUUACCCAAAUCCAAUCCCUUAAAAAUAAACUUAAUUUGUUUUAUCGCA